AUGGCAUUGCUUUGGACAACGCUUGUUGUGCUUGUGGCUGUGUCUCUCAUUCAUGGCCUUGUAAAGAAGAUGAAAGGCAAGAAAUUGGCACCAGGUCCAAGAGGGCUUCCCAUUUUGGGACACCUUCACUUGCUUGGUAAAAAUCCCCAUCACGAUUUGACCAAGCUAGCCAAACACUACGGUCCUAUCAUGCAUUUGCGGUUCGGAUCCGCUGACAUUAUCGUUGCUUCAUCCCCUCAGGCUGCACAGCUCUUCCUCAAGACUCAUGACCUUGUUUUUGCAAGCAGACCACCUCACGAGGCAGCUAAGUAUCUCUCUUAUGGUCAAAAGAAUUUGGGCUAUAGCCAAUACGGCCCUUAUUGGCGCAACAUGCGCAAGCUGGCAACACUGCAGUUGCUUAGUAAUCAUAAGAUCAAUUCAUUUCAACCCAUAAGAAGAGAAGAAUUGUGUUCUCUUAUUGAGUCACUCAAGCAAGCGGCCUUGGAUGGUUUGGCUGUUGAUUUGAGCUCUAAAGUUUCUGAACUAAUUGCUGACAUGAGUUGCAGGAUGGUGUUUGGGAAGAAGUACGAGAUUAAGGACAUUGAUGAGAGGGGUUUCAAAGCUGUGAUUAAAGAAGCCAUGCAGAUAGCGGUGGAACCAAAUCUUGGAGAUUAUUUUCCUUGUCUUGCUAAGUUUGACUUUCAAGGAUUGACUAGACGAAUGAAGGUCAUUACCAAAGUCUUUGAUCGUUUCUUUGAGAGGAUCCUUGAUGACCAUGAACAGAGUGGGAGCAGUAGUGAGAUGACAAAGGAUUUGGUAGAUAUCAUGUUGUCCAUCCUCAAGUCUGGGGAAACCGAGUUUCAAUUCACUCGCGAACAUAUCAAAUCUACUUUGUUGGAUAUAUUUGCGGCAUCAAUAGACACUUCAACAACCAUGAUUGAGUGGAUAAUGUCAGAACUCUUGAGGCACCCACAAAUAAUGAAGAAAGUUCAACAAGAAUUAGAACGUAAGAUAGGUUUGGGUCGAAUGGUGGAAGAAUCGGAUUUAGAAGGUUUGGACUAUUUAGAAAUGGUCAUUAAAGAAUCCUUUAGACUUCAUCCUGCGGGACCAUUACUUCUUCCUCAUGAGGCAAGGGAGGAUUGCAUGGUUGACGGCUUUCACAUACCAAAACAAGCACAAAUCAUUGUAAAUAUUUGGGCAAUUGGGCAUGAUCCAAAUGUGUGGGUUGAUCCUGAGAAAUUCAUCCCGGAAAGAUUUGAAAGGAGUAAUAUAGAUUAUAGAGGGUGUAAUUUUGAGCUCAUUCCUUUUGGUUCUGGGAGAAGAAGUUGUCCUGGUUUACAACUUGGAAUCACUAUGGUCCGACUAGUGGUGGCACAGUUAGUACAUUGCUUUGAUUGGAAACUUCCAAAUGGUAUGUUACCAAUAGAGUUGGACAUGACAGAAGAAUUUGGUUUGGUAAUAACUCGUGCGGAACACUUAAGGGCUGUUCCAAACUAUCGGUUACAUGUUUAG